AUGAAUCGGUUGAUAUUGAAUAAAAUUAUAUUUAUCGUGAGUUUGAUACUCGUGUAUCCUUUCGUCUACGCUACGCUGCAUCAGUUGGUAUCCAGAGUCCAAAACGAUCCCGAGAUGCCGCCAAGGUGGAACGACACGGCCAACGAUCAGCACGACGCCGCAAUCGAAUCCUUGAAUCGCCAAGAAUACCAGGAUUUUGGCCCCGACGCGGGUGAUUUCAACGACAGUCCACCGAUCUUUGAUGAAGAGCCUCCAGUGACACAGAAACAUCUUUGCGGGGACAUGGACAUGAAGAUACCUUUCGUUCUUAGUAUUGGAGCAUUGGACGUAGUGAACUUUGGACCAGAAGAUACCAUCCUCUUGCAAUUUCCAGAUAGGAAGUUUUUUGAACACACUAACCUGAUGGGUGUCUCUGGAUUGGAUUCCCCAGGCAAGGCUCUAUGA